UUUAAGUUAGUGCCUCUAAUAUAUUUGCAUUUGCAAGCAGAAAUGGUACAGCGUAAAAUCUCAACAUUUCGGUCAACAUGUGAGUCAAAUGAGUCAGGGGUGUAGCUACGUAUACUACACAUAGUCUCGUGUACUGCACCGUGUAUUUCUCGACGAGGUUUACGUGACGGUUGUUGCUGGCUGUGGGUUACCGACAGGGGCUUCCGGAACACGGAGAACAAAGACGAAAAGAGUCUAAAGGUGGAGGCAGGAUGAGCCUAAACACGGAGGAGAGUGAUCCUUUAAGGUCCGUGAGCAAACAGAGAAUCAGAAGGAUGGAGAAGGGAAAACAGGACUCCGAGAGGGAUUCUGGCUUCUCAGAUGCAAGUUCGGAGCACUUGAGCCCGGCUGUUCAACAGGAGAGAGAAGAUGAGUCUCAUGCUGUAGUGCCAGAUGUUACCACCUCAAGGUCUCAGUCUCAGUUAGCUGUGGUAGGGGGAUCAUUCCCGAGUCUCUCACCUAUGAUCAUCAUGAACAAUGUUCUGCUCAAACAGCCAGGUGAUAACCCCCCCUCUCUGAAACCAUGGGGUUUCAGCCCUGCUGUCAAGGUUCUUCAGCAACCCCAGGUAGUCUUCCUCCAGCCCUUGGUAUCCCAGAGCACAGCAGCGGUGCCCAAAGGACCUCCCCCUAAACGUCGACGCCACAAGAAGUACCUUCCCAUUCUUAAAUCUUAUCCCAAAAUAGCCCCACAUCCAGGGGACAGCCCUGUGCGGAGCAGCAGCAGUAGCUCCUGUACCACCUCCUCUGUGAAGAGUAGCAGUUCAUCAUUGAGCGGGCGAGAGCGCCAUCACAGAGAUAAGCAGCACUGUUCUCAGCCCAGCUCCUCCUCAGGUACUACUAUAGCCAGCCUUAUGACUCCGCCUACAUCUCUCCCAGCCUCACCCCUUCCACCGACUACACCCACUGAGACCACUAGCAGCAACCACCCGCUGGGUGACAGACCAGUGGUGACAAGCAGACAGGAUCUUCAUGUGGCAAUAAACUCUGCUCUCUUAAACCACAACGAUGAUAUAUUAAAAGCCCAGAGCGAUGGUAACCAUGACAGCACUGAUGGCUCAGACUGCAGCAAUAAGAGAAAACGUUUCUGCAACACAUACAAUAUCCUUAGCAAGUCCGGUUUGCUUGACAUCACGCUUAGAACAAAAGAACUAAUCCGACAGAACCGAAGAACUCAGAGCGAAUUGGAUCGGCUCCGUGAGCAUACUGACCUGUUCUUAGAGGCGCUUCAGUCAGGUGACUCCCAGCUCUGGACCAAACUACAAAAAAGCAUGCAGGAGGAGGAGAAAGAAAGAGAGACAGAGAAAAAUGGACGGAACUGAUGGGAGAUUGAAAUGGACUGGCAGCUUUGAGACGAGAAGGAGACUGUUUCGGGAGAAAUGGUAACAAGGACCAGAGAGAAUGAAAGGCCUGGAGAGUUGAGGGGGAAAAAAAGUUUAUUUAUAAGUGGGGUUUUUUACACACAGCCAUAUGGUGUGUCCAUAUCAUCAGAAAUGUAUCUAUGCCUAAGUAUUGUAAACUUGUUCAAAAGUGAAUUAAUGAAGUUGGGUUCGAUUGUUUGAUCAAAAGCUUCAUUACUGGUUCUGUUCUUACAGAAGAGCACAGUUUUAUGCCUUUAAAACAUAUACAUGCACUCAAGCUGCAGCACGCUGGUGCCAUGUCCUUAUUCAAGAUGAUAUGAUUAUAGCUUGCUGGUUACUUUUGCUUUCAUAUAUUUUUAUGACUUGUUGAGAUGUGGAGACAUCUCAGUAACAGUUCCGUUAAAGAGAGAAAUGUAAAUAAUGUUUUUUUAGAUAAAUAAGGCAUUGAUAGUGAAUUCAGCUUCGGUUUGUGUUGGGGCAUGGACAGAGCAAGAUUUGGACGGGUAUUAUAAAAGUCUGGACGUCUAAUGUAUUGUUUCGCACAUGAAGUUCUCUUGUUUAGAGAAGAUGAAACUGAAAUUGUAAUGCUAGUGAAAGUAUUUCACUGGCCUGGUGAGUGAUUUUUCUUGUAUAGCUAUGUCACUUAAAAAAAAACACUGUGUCUCCACAUUGGUUGUGGAGUCAGGGUUAGAAUUGUAGCACACUUCAAGUUAGCUUUAUUUAAGCUCAGCUUUAUUUAAAGGUCCUUUAGCAGUUUAGUUGGAUCAUUGCUUUCCCUCUGCUUUCAGUGCAAUGCGCAUUGACUAUCAAACCUGUGUUGUCUGUGUACUUCAUUGGAAAAUCAUUGAAAUGAACAAGUCAGUCGUGACCCUGUUGGGAUUAUACCUGUUUAGAUGGUGGUUUUUGAAAGGGAAAAGCCCAGGUGUGGGGGAUGAGUUGAUUGUUAGGGACUGUCUAAUAGUAUAACUCGCUGGAAUGUUUCACAGACAACAGACAUGUUUCUUUAAAGGCACAGAGGGGAGAAUUUUUCAAAUCAUUUUCUACUUGUUGUGGUGUGUGUGGAAUGGAACAUGAUAAUGUGGUAAAGCAUUAUAAUCACGCAGGUCCAAAGGAUUACGUGUCUGUACAAGUCCUUUUUGACAUCCAUACAGACUUUAAUUUGAAGAGCUUCUAUUUAGGUUUACUGCUGUCUCCUCUGAUACACUUAAUAAGCUUGUAUCAGAUGGAAAACACUGUUUUCAAAUCUUUUUUGAUAGAACGUUUAUUCUAAACUUGUCAUUUUAUAUUCCAUGUAUUAUAGUGUAGUUCAGCCCAGUUUUGGUUUCAGCCGUGUAGUAUGAUGCUGUAAACAUAUGUACAUGAUUAAAUAAUUGAAAAGUUUCUCAAAUUCAUGUCAGGAUGACGAGACGUGAAAUGAUGCCCUGUGGGAAGUCACCAUCAGCUCAUUUUUGGGAGAGGCUGUUUUAGACGGUUUCAUUCAAACAAGUUGAAUUCAAAUAUUUCACUUCAUGUCUGUUUCAUGAAAACACUGUGCUUUUCUUAAUUUUAUUAGCUGAGCAAAGGACCUUUUGGUGAAUUUUGUGAUUCCAUUGAAUAAUUUCAACAAAAAAAAAAAGAAAGAAAGAAAAAAAGCACGUUAGGUGGUACUUAAACUUUUUUCAGGCAGCUAAAACAAAGUAACCACUAUGUUUUGCGCUUUGUUUUGUCAGUUGUUACCAGUAUGUUUAGCAGCAAAGGGUAGCGACAAGAUAUUGCCUUUUGAAAAUGAACAUCGCUAGUGUUAGCAGCCAGGGCUUACAUUGCUGAAUGGCUUUCUAUUGUUACAGAGCUGGGGCGUGGAGGUUUAAGGGCUCUGUUUUCAUUAAGCAGCAGGUAAAGGGGCAAGAGAAAUAUCACAUCUAGGUGUAGUGAAUACGUAAACAGGGCAUAGGAAGAGCAUUGGCCCUGUGUAUGCUAGCCCCUUUGAUUAAAACUUGACAAAUGCCUUUGUUUUUAGUUAUCAUAAAAGAUGAAUCUCGAGAACUGUUUUAUGAAGUUUUGGUCACUGCUUCGUGUGGUUUUACCCUGUAUGCUCAUGCCAGCUCAUUUGCAGGAAGGGGUAAAUUUUGUUUGUGCAUGAAACUUUACAUAAGAUCUAGGUUAAACCAGAGCUCAGUAUGUGGAAGUUUCAAAAGUGACUGUAUUUUGAUGUCACAGUUUUGUGAUUGCAAUAAGGUCAGUAAGCAGAUUUCUGCUCUAGAUGUUGGUCUAGGGCUUAGAUCAGUUUUCUACCACACGUGUGCUGACUGUAAAAUGCCUUCAAAUUAAUAUUUUUUUUUUCUCAUUUAUUUAUUGUUUUUUUAUACUUCAAUUUGCAGCUAAAAUGUGAUUGUUCAGGCUGCAGAGAUAUAUUUAUGACCUAUAAACUCCUAGGAUAUAAACUGUAUGUGGUUUUGCGACUUCUUUUGUUAUUGUAUUGACCAGAGUUAAGACUGCCCUGACAUUAAGUAAUCUUUAGAAAGUGCGAUUCAUAAUGACUGAUAAUGCUGUCCAGUGCUAUGGAGGGCUUAGUUUCCAUUGAGCAGGUUGUAUGUGUCACUGUGUCAUCUGUUGUCUGGAUAGAGAUUAGGAAUGGCUAGACCCAGAUCCCUAAAGCCUUUUAGAGAAACGCAGUAUUGCCAGUACUACUUUUGCCCCAGUCAUUUCAAAGCCAGGGAAUGCCUAUAAAUAGUUUUUUAUUAUUAUUAUUUGAGGCUUUCUUUUCAAUAGACAUGUUGAUGUUUACUGUCUUUGUGACUUUGAGGGUUUGUAAAUAUUUUGUCCAAAAUAAUUGUGAAUUGUUAUCUCUUUACUUUUGUUUCAGAUGUUGCUUACAGACUUUUAGAUGCAAUUGUAAUAUUUGUAGCUUUGACAAAUGGAAUAAACCCAUACACUGGUUAUGCAAAA